GACAAACAGCAGCACUCUACAAAGCGCUAUCUYUCAAGUACCCGUCAUAUUUCAACUUUGGCGUAAUGCGCAAACCAUCGAAGGAUCAUCUUCAAAAGUUCAGCAUAAAAUCCCUUCCUGGUUUAGUAGUCAUGUUGGCAACAAUUCUUCCCAAUAAGCAACUAACUUUUAGUUCCAUUCAGUACGACGUGAGGUCUUAUGGAGAGAUAAAUUACUUAAACGUCGCUAAAUUCUUAUACUCAGYGCAYSAAAAACAUUGGAAAGAUUUACCAAAUAUCAAAAAGUUCAAAGGAAAGAUGGCGCUCAAGGAUGACUACAUAAAAGACACCAAGUCAAUUCUUUCAAUGGAUGCAAACUUUGAGGAAAAACCUCGACACAAGAAAAUUGAGAUACAAGARAUAACUCCCGAAAACUACAAACAUUUACGUAAUGAUAAAAACAUAGGACUGUGUAUCAUUGUAUUCCUUGAUGGGAAUAACGAAAACAUGAAGAAAGAAACCUUACAACUUAUGUCGGAUGUAGAAAACAUGAUGGAAAACGAAGGUCAUAAAGAAAUUCCAAGGCAGUAUUUAUGGGUUGACGGUACCUGUCAUCCAGAAUAUGGAGACGUCUUCGGAAUCUUCCCAGAGUCUCUGCCAACCUUGCUCAUCACCAGGCCUCGCCAGCGUCUCUUCAUUACACGGACACUCAAGGAUGCGAUUGUUAGUGACAUUAGUAAACUGGUAACGAGGAGUCUGAAAGGUGAAAGCAAACUACAAACGUAUGCACGAUUUAAUGACAUGCUGCCUAAGGAAUGCCUGUAA